UACGCCCACUUCACUGCUGAAUCCUGCUCAACCGCGUCCUGCCUUCAGACACAUUCUCAACCCCAGAACACUUAACGCUUCUACAAAGAUGUCUUUAAGUGAGAAAAGUGAUGAGGAGAUCGCCCAGUUGCUCGCUCAGUAUGACAUCAAACAUGGACCCAUAGUGGACUCUACUCGAAAGCUGUAUGAGAAGAAGCUUGAAAAGGCGAUGAAGGAAGCCCCGGCUAAACCCUCCUCUGAUAAGACCUACUACAGAGAGGAAGAGGAGGUUAUUACUUACAUGACAUACCACAAUCCGGUUAGACACGAAGGUUAUGCAGACAUGCUGAAACGAAGAGGCAACGCUGAGCCAGACGAAGACGAGGAAUCCGAUCAAGACACAGAGCCAUCUAUCCGGAGCAGUAGCACAACGGUCAACCACAGCACCGCACGACCCAGGGAGCCCAUCAGAAAGUCCGGAGGCUGCGUGCGGAAGAUGAUUCGACUGAUGCUACUGUUAGCUGUGUUAGCGGCUGUUUUCUACUACACCUACUUCCACGUGAUGAACAGUGAAGAAAACAUUCUGGGGCUCCGCGAUCGAUAGGUUCAAAGGUCGUCUCCAUUCAUCUUAUUCAUCUUCAUUUAUUCAUCUUCCUCAAAAGUUUGACAGUUGUUAGUAAAGAAAUAUCACAUUCCAUGACAUUUUAAUGGCUGGAGAGUUUCACUUUUCUUUGAUUGUCAACAAAUCUCACACCAACCAACAAUGAUUUGAUCUUAUUAAGUAUUAUGUGUAUCUACAUCCUGAUUCGUCGUAUUCCUCUGUGACAUAAAGCUCCAUUGUUGUUGCAAAAACGAUUAAAAACGCAUCAAUGAGCCUCACUGUUGUAAUGGGUGACAUGUUUCUUCAUUACUAAGAACACACACUGUAGUUAAAUGUACUACUUCCUGUUUGAGUACUGUUAAAAGCUACAAUGCUGUGAUCUUUCUGUGACAUGUUUUUAACAGUAGGAACCAAUGGGCUUGGUGCUGAGUGCAACAGAGUAGAGAAAUCCUAAAGUUUUGACAGAUUAACACAUCAUUGGUCUCUUCAUGGGAUUUGUUGACAAUAAGACAAUAAGUAUAAUAUUCUUAGCCUCAUCCUGUAAUGUCUUUGCUGU